AACAACCCAGCCGUCUGCUGUCAAUUUUGAUUUAAGUUAUAUUUUAAAUAAUUAAUAAUAAUUUUAAUUAAUUGCUGGGAAAGAAACUAAUUUUUUACUCAGAUUGCAAGUGGGAAAACAUGGGGGACACCGGCAUUUGCAAGAUCAAGCCCGAAUUUAUCCUCACAGAACGUCCCAGAGAAUUAGUAUUAGAGUGCGUUUCCGAUAAGGAUAAACGAAAAUUGAGUGGUAGCGAUGAAACACCUCUUCAAAAAAAAACCAAAUUGUCAAAAAGUGAAAAAAAGAAACUUCGAGGUCAAAAUAAAUCACGGGGCCCCACUUUUAGGUGUACCCAGGAAAUGGAGUUAUGUAAUACUUUAAUUAAUUUGAAUCUUGGGGAAGAGGCGCCGAAAUGUGAACGAAAGAAUUGCCAGUUUUUGCACGAUAUUAACGAAUAUUUGAGAAUCAAACCUAAAGAUAUUGGGGAGAUUUGCUACAAUUAUGAAACUUUUGGAAAAUGUGGUAGAGGUUUGGCGUGCAGGUUUGGUUCUAGUCACAUUACACAAGGGCGAAAUAAAAUUAAUUCAGAAAAAUUAGUAGAAACAGCCCAAGUAAAAAAUCAGCUAACGCACGAACUCCAAGUCGCGUUGCGCAAACGGACCUACAAUUUCGAUUUUGCUGAGGCUUUAAUUAAAUCCAACGACAAGAAAAGUGACAACAAUAUAACAAGUGGAGCUAUCACCGAUGAGGAUUUAAUAAAAUUAACUCAAAGAGAAAAAAAGAAAAUUGAUUGGAAGGACAAAUUAGUCUUGAGUCCUUUAACAACAGUUGGCAAUUUACCGUUUAGACGAAUUUGCAAAGAAUUCGGGGCGGAUAUAACCUGUGGCGAAAUGGCAAUGUGUUCUUCGCUUCUUCAAGGGGCUCCCCAGGAGUGGGCUUUAGUGAAACGUCACCACAGUGAAGACAUUUUUGGGGUUCAACUGUGCGCCAACAACCCACAUUUAUUGACCAAAUGUGGUCAAGUUUUACAACAAGAGGCCGAAAUUGACUUCAUUGACUUAAAUCUAGGGUGUCCAAUUGAAUUAGUCUAUAAAGAAGGGGGCGGUUGCGGAUUAUUGAGACGCCAAAGGGUUCUUGAAUCGUGUGUUAGAAACCUGAGUCAAUUACUAACUAUUCCUAUGACUGUUAAGACUCGUACUGGGGUUUAUAACAACGAAAAUUUGGCACAUAUUUUGGCUCCGAAAUUCCGAGAUUGGGGGGCUAGUCUUAUCACAAUUCAUGGCCGGUCCCGUGAACAACGUUACACCAAACUCGCUGACUGGAAUUAUAUUAGAGAAGUGGCCCAAGCUGCAGCCCCCUUGCCGGUUUUAGGCAAUGGCGAUGUUUUAGGUUAUGAAGAUUACAAAACAGCAUGCGAGAAUUGCCCCGAGUUGGCCGGAGUCAUGAUUGGACGGGGGGCCCUCAUCAAGCCCUGGAUUUUCACCGAAAUUAAGGAACAAAAACUGUGGGAUAUCAGCAGUUCUGAGCGUUUUGACAUUUUGAAAAAAUACUCAAAUUAUGGAUUGGAACAUUGGGGUUCUGACAAUAAAGGAGUGGAAAAUACUAGACGCUUUAUGUUGGAAUGGUUGUCUUUUUUGCAUAGAUAUGUGCCAGUUGGCUUAUUGGAAAAACCACCCCAAAAAAUCAAUGAACGGCCCCCAUUUUACCAGGGACGCGACGAGCUUGAAACGUUAAUGGCGUCCACUUCCGCCAGCGAUUGGAUUAAAAUUAGUGAAAUGCUCUUAGGGCCUGUGCCGGAAAAUUUCCAAUUUUUACCAAAACACAAAGCGAAUUCUUACAAAUAAAUUUUUGAAAAA